CCAGCCGGUCCCUCCCCUGGUCCAUCCCCCUGGUCAGGCCUCUACAGAAGCCUCAGUCAUUUCUAGUACAUGCAAUCAAUAACUUUCACAACCACCGAAGCCCUCAGAAACGGAACAAUUCUUCUAGUUUGGACACAUCUGUUUCUUUCGGAUUAAAUGACAAAUCAAAUGUCUUAAUUUGACUCGUAUAAGGAGCGGUUUCGGUUUGUAUAAAUUUGCGCCUUCAUAAGAACCAGAAACGACAACUUCCUUGAAUAUGUCAGCUAGUUUAGACCUGUGGAAUAUUCCACUGAGAGCGCUGAAUAUCAACGUGAGAAAAAGAUUGGGACUGUUUUUAAAUCCGAGAAACACUGUGGCAGCAGACUGGAUGUCUGUCGCAGAAAACAUGGGUUUCUCUUAUUUAGAGAUCAAGAAUUACGAGGACUGCCAGGACCCAACACGGAAGAUUCUAGAGGACUGGCAAGCACGUUGUCCCGGAGCCAAAGUUGGAAAGUUAGUUUCAAUUCUGGAUAACGUGGACAGAAAGGACGUUGUGGAGGACCUCCGAGUUCUCAUUGAGGAGGACUGUAGGAGGUACAUAGAGAGACAGAAUGAGCCCCCAGUCCAGGUUCCUGAGGUGGACAGCUGUGUUCCCAGAACCCCGGAGAGACAAGGCAUCACCCUGGAGGAUGAUCCAGAAGGGGGUAUACCAGAGUUGUUUGAUGCCUUCAUCUGUUACUGUCAGAGUGACUUUGACUUUGUCCAUGAGAUGAUCCAGCAGUUGGAGCAGACGGACCACAAGCUGAAGCUGUGUGUGUUUGACCGGGACGUCCUGCCUGGAUCAUGUGUCUGGACCAUCACCAGCGAACUCAUCGAGAAGAGGUGUAAAAGGAUGGUGGUGGUGAUAUCAGAUGAGUACCUGGACAGUGAUGCCUGUGACUUCCAGACAAAGUUUGCCCUCAGUCUCUGUCCUGGUGCCCGGAGCAAGCGACUGAUCCCUGUGAAGUAUAGGUCUAUGAAAAAACCUUUCCCCAGUAUCCUGAGGUUCCUGACGGUGUGUGACUACACACGACCCUAUACACAGUCCUGGUUCUGGGUCCGGCUGGCCAAGGCCCUCUCCCUGCCCUGAAUGGAUCGUACAGACUUACAUCAACCAAUCAGCACAAGGGGCCUGCCCCUCUCCAGCGGGAACAGGAAGAGUCAGCUCGGUGGUACUGUUACUUUACCGGGGACCGUUGAUCGCCAGUUGACAUAUUUUAUAUUGAUUCUUAUUUUAUAUUGAUUCAUAUUUUAUAUUGAUUCAUAUUUUAUAUGGUUUCAUUUCUUAGUUAGAACAGUUUGUGUAUUGUACAGUUUGUGUAUUGUAGCAGUUUUCUGAACCCACAGAGGGAGUUGCUGAGGUACUCUCCACCUUUUGUCCUCAUCACUGAGAGCCUGAUGGCUCCUUCACUCAUUACUGAUAGUUUGAUUUGGGUUUAAUAUGAGAUUUCAUUCCAUCGAAAACGUUUUAUAUGUUUUUAAUAUGAUAUUUUAUUCUGAGCCCCAUCGCUCAUAUGGACCAAAUAUCAACCUGAAUGAAUAAAUGCUGUUUUUUUUUAAAUAUUCCAUUUUUUCACCUGUUAAGAAUAUUGUAUAGAUCAGAUGUCUGCAUGGUUGGCAAAACAUUUUACAAUUAUUUAGCUGUUUGUUUAUCUGAUGGGCCGGCUCUUUAGUUUCUUUUGUCUCCUCAGAUGAGAGAUAUCAGCAUGUGACUUCCUCCUGUCAUGGCGGCCAUGUUGUCUCCUCAGAUGAGAGAUAUCAGCAUGUGACUUCCUCCUGUCAUGGCGGCCAUGUUGUCUCCUCAGAUGAGAGAUAUCAGCAUGUGACUUCCUCCUGUCAUGGCGGCCAUGUUGUCUCCUCAGAUGAGUGAUAUCAGCAUGUGACUUCCUCCUGUCAUGGCGGCCAUGUUGUCUCCUCAGAUGAGAGAUAUCAGCAUGUGACUUCCUCCUGUCAUGACACCCUGUUUCAGUACAGAGUGGAGAGACUGACACCUGGCACAUUCACCACACUUUAUAAAGCUGUAUAAAUCCAUCAAUACCAAAAUCUACCAAAACUGUAAACAAAAAAAUGUAAAGAAAUGGGAGAAGGGAUAAGGGACUUUGUCAGUGAUGUAGCUGGCCAUUUCCAAAUGGACUCGUAGUGGGUUACUCAUGCGCCCUUCUCUGGUAACUACUGGAUGUAUAUUUUGUGUUUCUUCAUUUCAUCUGCACUGUUUUUCUAUUAAAAAACAUCUUUAUUAAGCUUC